CUGUACCUGCACAAAGUAGCGUGACAACUGCUGUGAAGACAUGAAAGUUGUCGGACUGUUGAUGGUGCUACUAAGAGUAUCGUGUUCAGUGGAGACAUACUGUGAUGGCAGACAGGACAAAGCUCAAUGUUUUGGAGCUUUGGGAGGAACUGUGGCUCUCCAGCUGAUGGAUAAGGAUUCAGAAAUACCCAAAUACAAAUGGAUGAAAGAAGCAUCAAAGAAUGAGUCAACCCUAACGAUUCUUUAUUACUACCAAACAUAUAACGUUACGUCUAAUAGUAUGAGUAGCAGAUCUGUAUUUUUCCCUGGUAACGGAACAUUCAAGAUCAAUAAUCUGAGCAGAAGUGACACAGGUGAAUAUUCACUUCGGAUGUUUGAUUCCAAUGGAAAACAAAUACGAAAUCGGACUCUACAGGUGUCUAUUGAAGCUCCCUUGUCGUCUGUGCAUAUGACCUCUGAGUGUGUGUCCCAUGGACUGAUAAGAGUGUCCUGUCUCUCUGAGGGUGGGGACAGUCCUCAGUACACUUGGAGCCUGAAUGGAAACAAGACCAGAAACACUGAGAUUGUGGAAAGGAAUACAGAGAAUAACAUCAUUAUUCUGAGACAAAACACCUCAGGAUACCUGGUCUGCACAGUUAAGAAUCACAUCAGUCGUGUGUCCAAAGAAGGGAUGAUACCUGUUUGUAAAGAUGAGGAAACUCGCUGUAACAUCAGUGAAGACGGAGCUGGGUGUUAUGGAGCUUUGAGAGGAACUGUGGUCAUUCAACUGAUGAAGAACACCUCGGAAACCCCCAAAUAUGAAUGGAAAAAUAAAACAUCAACAAUUCUGAGGGGGAGCAGGAACAAUUAUUUUCCAGAUACCCUUAAGGAAAGAUUUCUCUUUAUUCCUAUGUAUGGUACAUUCAGUAUCAUGAAUCUCAGCAGAGCUGACAGUGGUCAAUAUACUCUGGAAACCUUUGAUUCAGAUGGCAAGAAUAUAGAAAAGAAGACUCUGCAGCUGAUUGUUCAAGCUCCUGUGUCCUCUGUCCAGCUGGUUCUUGAGUGUUUGUCCCAGGGAGAGAUGAAAGUGUCCUGUCUCUCAGAGGGAGGGGACAGUCCUCAGUACAACUGGACUCUGGAUGGGCACACACUGACAGACUCUGAGCUAUUCCCAGAAAACCAUGAGACUAACGUCAUUGUUCUAAGACAAAAUAUCUCAGGACGUCUGGUCUGCUCAGUUUGGAAUCGGUUUAGUUUUCUCUCAACAGAGAAGACCAUAUCUACAUGGGGGUGCACAUUCAUUAACUGCACCUCCAAUGGGACACAGAUAUCUGGUUGGGUGUUGACAGAAAAUAACAUCCUUUGUGUUGAAAGUGUUAUUGCAGCUUUGGGGAUGGUGAUGACCAGUGUACUCUUGCCAUUGGUAUUUUUCUUAGCUGUUGCGAUAGGAUUUAUCUGUGCCAAGAAGAAAAGGCAUACUUACAAAGUGGAGAAAGACAACAGUGAACCGGUCUAUGCUGAGAUUAGGGUUGUGCCGCAGCAGGAGAGGCACACGGAGGAAACUGUGGAAGAAGAAGUGGACUACAAACAAGUUACCUUUUCAGAGCUUCCUCAGCAAACAGUGCAAGCAGAACAUCCUGUCUAUGCACAAAUCUGUAAAGUUAGGUGACUUGUGUUACUGAGGUCUACUUUACAAAGACUGCAGUACUGCAAUCAAGUGGAAGGUGUGAAGUAUGGAUGCUAGUAUAUCUAAAAAUGUAAUUUAAUGUGCUGUGCUUUUCAAAAACAAUCAAUAUUGAUGUUUUUCUUUUCUCAACUUUUUCGGUCUGCCCAGGUGAUAACUUGGCUUCAUAAUCUCUUGUCAUGGAGUCGAAUCAGUGCCAUAACAGGAUGUAGAGGUAGUAGCUUUGGUGUUUAAUAAUCCCCUUAAAAUAAUCCCCCUUAGAGUCAUCUUCUUGAUGUGAAGCAAGCAAUCAUUAAUAUAUCUGAAUGGAUCAUUUUGUGAUUUACAUCAUCCAAAGGUGAAAACUGUAGAUAUCUCAUUUGUGCUUUCAUAGGAUCCUGCUGGGAAAUUUAAUGGGCACAGCAGAUAAUUUGCAGCGUUCACCAGAGCAAUAGGCUUGAGAUUUAUGUGAGAGAUUUCUAGGCUCUCUAAAUAUAUUCAGAGCAUUUGGCACCAGAAAAAUUACGUCCCAUUCUUAUAUAGCUACUAUCUACGUCAGGUUCUGCCAAACCAUGUAUUUAUUAGAUCAGCUAGACACUGAAGGAUCAUCCAGUGGCCGGCUCCCUCUGUACCCAUGAACUGUG